AUGGGAGGAAGCGGAGUAGGCGGCGGCGGCCGCAAGGCCCGCAACUUCGCGACCUUCUGCCUCUUUCCGCGCGCCGGCGCUGCCGAUCCCAACGACCGCGUCUUUGUCCGCGUCGACAACAACGACUACACCGUUCCCGGGUUCGCCGAUGAGGACUCCUUCGACCCAUCCCUGUCCGACCCCUCCUUCGGCGAUGGCAACUUCCUCUCUGCCUCCGGCCCCCUCCCAGAAUACGUCCGCCGCGAGAUCCUCGAGCUUGGCCUCCCCGACGACGGUUACAACUACCUCUCCCACCUCCGCGAGCUCCGUCCCGCCGCCGUCGCCGCCUCAUCCUUCGUCCCCAGCUCC